GGCGUUCAUAAGUUGAAGUUGGCUGCAGGACACUCUUUUUGUCUUUUGUUAUUUCCAGCACGUACCUCGCACUUCGCCGCUCGCGCAGAGCGUCAGUGUUUCUUAAUUUUGUCGAAGAAAAUGAACCCUUAAAUAGGAGGAAUUCGGAUUCAACUACAUUGUGCCGGAUAGCGGCUAGACAUGGCGCUCCCGCCAUACAUGUUGGGGCCCAACCCCUGGGCCGCAAUGAUGGUCCAACAGCAAGCUCAAGCACAGCAGUUUGCCCAGGCUCAAGCGCAUGCUCAUGCUCAAGCCCAGGCUCAAGCUGUACAUGCUCAGCAAGUUGCGGCAGCCAUGCAGUCUCAAGUCGUGAUGCAGGCACAGCAAAUGCCACCUGCGCCUGCCCCGCCUGUUCAAAAGCCUAGGGACAUUGUCCUCACAGAGGAGAAACUCCAAGAAAAGGCACAAAAAUGGCAGCAACUUCAGUCCAAAAGAUUUUCAGAGAAGAGGAAAUUUGGCUUUGUGGAUGCUCAAAAAGAGGAUAUGCCACCUGAACACAUCCGUAAAAUCAUGCGAGAUCAUGGUGACAUGAGUAGUCGCAAAUAUCGUCAUGACAAGAGAGUGUAUCUGGGUGCCCUGAAAUACAUGCCUCACGCAGUGAUGAAAUUAUUAGAAAAUAUGCCCAUGCCUUGGGAACAGAUCAGGGAUGUGAAGGUUCUUUAUCACAUCACUGGUGCUAUCACAUUUGUCAAUGAAAUCCCUUGGGUUGUGGAACCCAUCUAUAUUGCUCAGUGGGGAACAAUGUGGAUUAUGAUGCGCCGAGAGAAGCGUGACCGUCGCCACUUCAAGCGUAUGCGAUUCCCUCCAUUUGACGAUGAAGAACCUCCACUUGAUUAUGCUGAUAACGUGUUAGAUGUGGAACCACUUGAGGCAAUCCAGAUUGAAUUGGAUCCUGAUGAAGAUGGACCAGUUGCCAAAUGGUUUUAUGACCACAAACCUUUAGUUGGCACUAAGUAUGUAAAUGGAUCUACAUACAGAAAAUGGAAUCUCUCCUUACCUCAAAUGGCCACAUUGUAUCGCCUAGCUAAUCAGCUUUUGACAGAUUUAGUGGAUGAAAACUAUUUCUAUCUCUUUGAUCAUAAGUCCUUCUUCACUGCAAAGGCUCUGAACAUGGCUAUCCCAGGAGGCCCCAAAUUUGAGCCACUCAUCAAAGAUGCAAAUCCAGCUGAUGAAGACUGGAAUGAAUUCAAUGACAUUAACAAGAUUAUAAUCAGACAGCCUAUCCGAACAGAGUACAGGAUUGCUUUCCCUUAUUUGUAUAACAACUUGCCACACUAUGUACACCUUUCAUGGUACCAUGCACCUAAUGUAGUUUACAUCAAGACAGAGGAUCCUGAUCUUCCUGCAUUUUACUUUGAUCCCCUGAUCAACCCUAUUUCCCAUAGGCAUGCCAAUAAGGUUGUGGAUCCCCUACCAGAGGAUGAUGAAGAAUUUGAGCUCCCUGAUGAAGUCCAACCUUUCCUACAGGAGACUCCUCUGUACACUGAUAACACAGCUAAUGGCAUUUCUCUUUUGUGGGCGCCGAGACCAUUUAACAUGCGAUCAGGACGAACAAGACGAGCCAUUGAUAUUCCACUUGUGAAGAGUUGGUACAGGGAACACUGCCCUCCUGGGCAACCUGUGAAAGUGAGAGUCAGUUACCAAAAGUUGUUGAAGUACUAUGUGCUAAAUGCCCUGAAGCAUAGACCUCCCAAGCCUCAGAAGAAGAGGUAUCUGUUCAGAUCAUUUAAAUCAACCAAGUUCUUCCAAACUACAACUUUGGAUUGGGUAGAGGCUGGCCUGCAGGUGUGCAGGCAGGGCUACAACAUGUUGAACCUGCUUAUUCAUCGUAAAAACUUGAACUACCUCCACUUGGAUUACAACUUCAACUUGAAACCAGUCAAGACUUUAACCACCAAGGAAAGAAAAAAAUCUCGGUUUGGUAAUGCAUUCCAUCUUUGCCGAGAAAUUCUACGUCUCACAAAACUAAUUAUUGAUUCUCAUGUUCAAUACCGCUUGAACAAUGUUGAUGCUUUCCAACUGUCUGAUGGUCUUCAGUAUGUCUUUGCCCAUGUUGGUCAGCUCACUGGAAUGUACAGGUACAAGUACAAGUUGAUGAGACAGAUCCGAAUGUGCAAAGAUUUGAAGCAUCUCAUCUACUACCGAUUCAACACUGGACCUGUUGGUAAAGGACCCGGCUGUGGGUUCUGGGCUCCUGGUUGGAGAGUUUGGCUGUUCUUUAUGAGAGGAAUCACCCCACUACUGGAAAGAUGGCUUGGUAACUUGCUGUCCCGACAGUUUGAAGGUCGUCAUUCUAAGGGCGUUGCUAAGACUGUCACUAAGCAGAGAGUGGAGUCGCACUUCGACUUGGAACUGCGAGCAUCUGUAAUGCAUGACAUUGUGGACAUGAUGCCAGAAGGAAUUAAACAGAACAAAGCUCGUACCAUUCUGCAACAUCUCUCUGAAGCAUGGCGCUGUUGGAAAGCAAACAUCCCAUGGAAAGUUCCUGGACUGCCAACUCCCAUUGAAAACAUGAUUCUGCGGUACGUGAAGAUGAAGGCUGAUUGGUGGACUAACACUGCUCACUACAAUCGUGAGCGUAUUCGCAGAGGGGCAACUGUGGACAAGACUGUGUGCAAGAAGAAUUUGGGCCGCUUGACCCGUCUGUACCUAAAGGCUGAGCAAGAACGUCAGCACAACUAUUUGAAGGAUGGUCCUUACAUUUCUCCUGAAGAGGCUGUUGCUAUCUACACAACCACUGUGCAUUGGCUGGAGUCACGGCGCUUUGCUCCGAUUCCUUUCCCCCCUUUGUCAUACAAACAUGACACCAAGCUGCUCAUUCUGGCUUUGGAAAGACUGAAGGAAGCUUACAGUGUGAAGUCUCGUCUCAAUCAGAGUCAAAGAGAAGAAUUGGGUCUUAUAGAACAGGCCUACGAUAACCCUCAUGAGGCUUUGUCUCGUAUCAAGCGUCAUCUUCUUACACAGCGUUCUUUCAAAGAAGUUGGAAUUGAGUUCAUGGAUUUAUACAGUCACUUGGUUCCUGUAUAUGAUGUUGAACCUUUGGAGAAGAUUACUGAUGCUUACCUUGAUCAGUAUCUUUGGUAUGAAGCUGACAAAAGAAGGUUGUUCCCUCCAUGGGUUAAACCGUCAGACACAGAACCACCACCAUUGCUUGUCUACAAGUGGUGUCAAGGAAUCAACAACUUGCAGGAUGUAUGGGAUUGUUCUGAAGGAGAGUGCAACGUACUGUUGGAGAGCAAGUUUGAGAAAAUCUAUGAGAAGAUAGAUUUGACUCUUCUGAACAGGUUGUUGCGUCUUAUUGUGGAUCACAACAUUGCUGAUUACAUGACAGCCAAGAAUAACGUUGUCAUCAAUUAUAAGGACAUGAACCAUACCAAUUCGUAUGGUAUUAUCCGUGGUCUCCAGUUUGCAUCUUUCAUUGUUCAGUACUAUGGCUUGGUGCUGGACUUGCUAGUGCUAGGGUUGCAGCGAGCCAGUGAAAUGGCUGGUCCACCUCAAAUGCCAAAUGACUUUUUGACUUUCCAAGAUGUCAGCACAGAAUCUUCUCACCCCAUCCGGCUUUACUGCAGAUACAUUGACCGAGCUCAUAUUUUCUUGAGAUUCUCUGCCGAGGAAGCCCGUGACCUGAUUCAGAGAUAUCUUACUGAACACCCUGAUCCUAACAAUGAAAAUAUUGUUGGGUACAAUAACAAGAAGUGUUGGCCUCGAGAUGCUCGAAUGCGUCUGAUGAAGCACGAUGUUAAUUUGGGUAGAGCUGUUUUCUGGGAUAUAAAGAAUAGAUUACCUAGAUCUACAACUACCAUUCAGUGGGAAAACAGUUUUGUCAGUGUGUACUCUAAAGACAACCCCAACUUACUUUUCAACAUGAGUGGGUUUGAAUGUCGCAUCUUACCAAAGUGCCGCACAACACAUGAAGAAUUCACUCACCGUGAUGGUGUUUGGAAUCUUCAGAAUGAAAUAACGAAGGAAAGAACUGCACAGUGCUUCUUGAGGGUGGAUGAUGAAUCAAUGCAAAGGUUCCACAACAGAGUCAGGCAAAUUCUUAUGGCCUCUGGCUCAACUACUUUCACUAAGAUUGUAAAUAAGUGGAAUACUGCUCUGAUUGGUCUCAUGACUUAUUUCCGUGAAGCAGUUGUCAACACCCAGGAACUCCUUGACCUUCUUGUGAAGUGUGAAAACAAAAUCCAGACCCGUAUCAAGAUUGGUCUGAACUCUAAAAUGCCUUCUCGUUUCCCUCCCGUGGUGUUCUACACUCCGAAGGAGUUGGGUGGUCUGGGCAUGCUGUCUAUGGGACAUGUAUUAAUCCCUCAGUCAGACUUGCGGUGGUCAAAGCAAACUGAUGUGGGCAUCACUCAUUUCCGGUCUGGUAUGAGCCACGAUGAAGAUCAACUUAUUCCCAAUCUGUACAGAUACAUUCAACCUUGGGAAAGUGAGUUCAUUGAUUCCCAGCGUGUGUGGGCUGAAUAUGCCCUCAAAAGACAAGAAGCCAAUGCCCAAAAUCGGCGUCUCACUUUGGAAGACUUGGAAGACUCCUGGGAUCGUGGUAUUCCUCGAAUCAACACCUUGUUCCAGAAAGACAGGCACACCUUGGCUUAUGACAAAGGCUGGCGUAUUCGGACAGAAUUCAAACAAUAUCAGGUGUUGAAGCAAAAUCCUUUCUGGUGGACGCAUCAGCGACACGACGGAAAGCUCUGGAACCUGAAUAACUACCGUACUGACAUGAUUCAAGCACUGGGCGGUGUGGAGGGUAUCCUGGAACACACUCUGUUCAAGGGAACUUACUUCCCUACAUGGGAAGGUCUGUUCUGGGAGAAAGCAUCUGGAUUUGAAGAGUCUAUGAAGUACAAGAAGCUGACCAAUGCCCAGCGGUCUGGUUUGAACCAGAUUCCCAAUCGUCGUUUCACUCUCUGGUGGUCUCCCACUAUCAACCGAGCUAAUGUGUAUGUUGGUUUCCAAGUACAGCUGGAUCUGACUGGUAUUUUCAUGCACGGCAAGAUUCCCACACUCAAGAUUUCUCUGAUUCAAAUCUUCAGAGCUCACUUGUGGCAGAAGGUGCAUGAGUCUAUUGUCAUGGAUCUGUGUCAAGUAUUUGAUCAGGAAUUAGAUGCUCUGGAAAUUGAGACUGUUCAGAAAGAAACUAUUCACCCCCGAAAGUCAUACAAGAUGAAUUCAUCUUGUGCUGAUGUCUUGCUCUUUGCUGCUUACAAAUGGAAUGUUUCAAGGCCAUCCCUACUGGCAGAUUCUAAAGACACCAUGGACAACACAACUACUCAGAAGUACUGGAUUGAUGUGCAAUUGAGGUGGGGUGAUUAUGAUUCUCAUGACAUUGAGAGAUAUUCCAGAGCCAAGUUCUUGGAUUAUACCACUGACAAUAUGUCCAUCUAUCCUUCACCCACUGGAGUCUUGAUUGCAAUUGAUUUAGCCUACAACUUGCACAGUGCCUAUGGCAACUGGUUCCCUGGAUCCAAGCCUCUCAUUCAGCAAGCAAUGGCUAAAAUUAUGAAGGCCAACCCUGCCUUGUAUGUCUUGAGAGAACGUAUUCGCAAGGCUCUGCAACUUUACUCUUCAGAGCCCACAGAACCUUACCUGUCAUCUCAAAAUUAUGGAGAGCUCUUCUCAAACCAAAUUAUUUGGUUUGUUGAUGACACCAAUGUGUACCGUGUCACAAUUCACAAAACAUUUGAAGGUAACUUGACCACGAAGCCUAUCAACGGAGCCAUCUUUAUCUUCAACCCACGAACUGGACAGCUCUUCUUGAAGAUUAUUCACACGUCUGUGUGGGCUGGCCAGAAACGUCUUGGGCAGCUCGCCAAGUGGAAAACUGCUGAAGAAGUGGCAGCUUUGAUCCGUUCUUUGCCAGUUGAAGAACAGCCUAAGCAGAUCAUUGUAACAAGAAAGGGUAUGUUGGAUCCUCUAGAAGUCCACUUGCUGGAUUUCCCUAACAUUGUGAUCAAGGGGUCCGAGCUUCAGCUUCCAUUCCAAGCUUGCCUGAAGGUUGAGAAGUUUGGUGAUUUGAUUUUGAAAGCUACGGAACCUCAGAUGGUUCUGUUCAACCUGUACGAUGACUGGUUGAAGACAAUUUCAUCCUACACUGCUUUCUCAAGGCUGAUCCUUAUUCUGCGAGCUCUCCAUGUCAACACUGAGAGAACGAAGGUUGUUCUGAAACCUGACAAAACAACAAUCACUGAGCCUCACCACAUUUGGCCGACUCUCACUGAUGACGAAUGGAUCAAGGUGGAAGUUCAGCUUAAGGAUCUUAUUUUGGCAGACUAUGGCAAGAAGAACAACGUCAAUGUUGCCUCUUUAACACAAUCUGAAAUUCGUGAUAUCAUCCUUGGUAUGGAGAUCAGUGCUCCCUCUGCUCAACGUCAACAAAUUGCUGAAAUUGAAAAGCAAACUAAAGAACAGAGUCAGUUGACUGCCACUACAACUAGAACUGUUAACAAGCAUGGUGAUGAAAUUAUUACAUCAACCACAUCCAAUUAUGAAACUCACACUUUCAGCUCCAAGACUGAAUGGAGAGUGAGGGCCAUCUCAGCCACCAACCUUCAUCUUCGUACUAACCACAUUUAUGUGCAAUCUGAUGACAUCAAGGAAACCGGAUACACCUACAUUCUCCCUAAGAAUGUUUUGAAGAAGUUUGUUACUAUCUCUGACUUGCGCGCUCAGAUUGCUGGGUAUUUAUAUGGUGUCAGUCCACCUGAUAACCCACAAGUGAAGGAAAUCAGGUGUAUUGUGAUGGCACCUCAAUGGGGAACACAUCAAACUGUGCACCUCCCUGGGCAGUUGCCUCAGCACUCUUUCCUGAAAGAGAUGGAGCCCCUUGGUUGGAUUCAUACUCAACCCAAUGAACUGCCUCAGCUUUCCCCUCAGGACAUCACUACCCAUGCUAAGGUCAUGGCUGACAAUGCCUCUUGGGAUGGCGAGAAGACUAUAAUUAUCACUUGCAGCUUCACCCCUGGCUCCUGCUCACUAACAGCCUACAAACUUACACCCAGUGGUUUUGAGUGGGGCCGUCAAAACACAGACAAGGGAAAUAACCCCAAAGGUUACUUACCUUCUCAUUAUGAAAAAGUACAGAUGCUGCUGUCAGAUCGCUUCCUUGGAUUCUUCAUGGUGCCAGCGCAAGGUUCUUGGAAUUACAACUUCAUGGGUGUUCGACAUGAUCCCAACAUGAAGUACGAACUGCAAUUAGCCAAUCCCAAGGAAUUCUACCAUGAAGUCCACCGGCCAGCGCACUUCCUUAACUUCUCAUCACUAGAAGACGGUGAUGGUGUUGGUGCUGACAGAGAAGAUCUCUACACAUAGAAGGUGCUUUGGAAGUUUUAAUUUCAUCCUUAGGCGGCAUCAAAUCAACAGGAUGAAUUUUACUGUGAUAGAAUACAGGUUGAGCAGUCCAUUCAGUACUUCAGUCAUUUCAUUCAUUAGCUUUGUUUUUAAAUAGUGUAAAUACAUUCCUCCUCAGAUCACCGUGUAAAAAAAAAAGUUAUAAAAAUAGAAACAGUUACUUGUGAACUAAUCAGUUUCUUAUGCAUUUGACUAUGCAAGUGCUUCUUAAGAUUUUCAGUUAUUUUAGGACAAUGUGUGUACUGAAACAUGAAUUUUUGUAAAUAAAAUGUAAAGUUUUCAAA